UGGCAGUGCGGGACGCUGCGUGGCCGGGCGCGGAGGGAUCCUGCUGUGCCUCCGCCCCGUCCGUCUUCGGGACCAGAUCGGGGCUGCCGUGACGUUGUCCCCACGGGUUUCUGUGUCCCUGUCCCCACGGUAGCCGGGUCCUGUCCCUACGGGCGGCAUCUCCUCAUCCUUAGAGGCUGUGGGUGGUGGGUGAGGGACUAUUUUUUUUUUCGGCGGAAGGUCACGGAGGGGCGGUGCGAAUGCUGUGUGGAGGUCUAAGGUGCGCCGCGCCGCCAUUUUCCCCUCAGGCGGGCGGGACCGUGCGGGGUGGCUUUCGCUUCUAUUGCAGCCCUAUCCCGCCGCCUCUGCUGUCUCCUGGGGCUGUGUUCACCGUCCUCGGUGAUGACCCCGGCACGGGGGUAGAUAUGGAUCUUUGAUCCCCGCCUCCUCUUCCCUGCCGCCUGCGGGACUCGCCUCAGGACAGGGCAGGGCAGGGUGCGGGGCAAGCCGGACCCAAAGGGGGCUCGGCCUUUCUCUUUCGCCGGCCUUUAUCUCAUCGCUGCCUCCGAAGUGCAGAGCCAGGGCAAGGACCCUCCGGGCAUGUACGCGUUGCCUGUUAGCUCAGCAUUUACAAUUUAAAAGGUUCUGUUCACAGAGCUGUCCUGCUCCUACGGUUCUCUUACCGUUCUAUGUCCCUUCACUUGAGGCAAUGAGAGGCGGCCAAGGCAGCAGUAAAGGCAGCCCGCUGUGCUUGUGCAGGGCGAUACGGGAGCCUACAUGGCUGAACAAGAUUUUGAGAGGACUGAUGCAUGUGUGAGAGAGCUUAUAUUUGUCACAGAGUGAUUAAAAUGUAUUUCCUCAAAGCUGCUGCAGAGCCUCGUGUUUGGGCACAGAGAGUGUGAAUUUUAGCAGACUAAUCCAACCAUGGAUAGUGUGAAUAGCUCAGAGGGUCCCUGGCUACAAAGAUUUGCAAAUGGGAAGCCUUUGAGAAAACCCAAACAGCAACAGCCUUGGAAGGCAGCACCUGAUCAAAGCCGAGACAUGAUUGCUUCUGUUCAGUGCCUCUUGGACAGAGAAAAUUUUGUGAGGGAGGUGGACAGAUAUUUGAGGCACUGUGAUUUCCUAGAUCUGAGAAAGACAGAGCUUCUGUACAAAAAAUACCUUGAGGAUGUUUCAGAGCCAUUUAUGCAGAAAAUGAAGGACCAAAUGCACAGCCAGUCAGAGGAAGAAGUGCAGAAAAGGAGACAAGAACAAUUCUCUCAGUAUUUGAACUACUGUGCAAAGAAGGGCUAUGUGUUUUUGGAUCAUUAUGACCCAUCCGAGUACGAUCCAUUCUUCCAGAAGACGUGCAGAGACUGCUGGAAGGAUGAUAGUCAUCAACCAGCACAAUGACAGAGAGAGCCAGUGAUGCCACCUGUCCUCCAGCUGACCACAGCAGAAAGGACAGCCAUCAAAGGUACCAGUUACAAAACAGGUCAUGUGCACUGCCAAAGCAAGUGAGAACAGGCCAGGUCUUUGGACAAACUGCAAUAAACUUACUGUCUUAAACAUGUAGUUCUGAAAUACUGUUACCCAGCAGCCAAAUAAAUGUCUGGGAUGCUGCUCCUUUUCUUACCAUAUCCAGUUCAACAUUCUACAAAACCUGCUAUUUUAAGAGGUUUAACUUGGGCUGAGCUCAAUAAAGAUAAUGCUGCUGUUCUCUCCUGGAGACAGUGUCCAAGCAGUAAAUCAAACUUUAAACAUACAUUGUAUAUGUUUUGAGCAGGCAGGCAAUAAAUAGGGGAGAAGAAAUGGGAAGUGGUGUAUAAAACAUCUGGUGCUUUUUGGAGAGUUGGCAGCUGCUGCCAGUGUGCUCAAACCUGUCCCUCUCCUGUGCCAGUCCCAUCUCCCUGCUGGGGUGGCUGCUCAGCACCUCUGGGCUCAAAGCCUGGAAACAGAACAUUUUCUGUCCUCCAAACUCUCAUUGUACAUACACAGUCUCUCAAGAGUUGCCAAGAGUUGAGUUUUAUUUAGGAUUAGAAAUACUGAACCACAGAAAACUGUUAAAUAUAACAGAGGUUGACUCAGUAACAGGAGGGUGCACAGAUGGUGACGGGGUGGGAAACUGCCAGACUUCAGGAGGAAUUUCUGCACCCGUGGAAAACAGGGCCACAGGCUGCUCAGAAUUGCAUGCUGUGCUUCUGCAACAAAGCAGUU